UUAACUAUGGUUAAAAGAGAAACAAAAAAAAUAAGUGAUCAACACGCAUCUCCACCAAAUCAAGAUUUGCAUCAUCAUCAUUCAUGUUUUCUCUCUCCUCAAACCCUAACCCCAUUUCUAAUCCCAAUCUCUUAAAAAUAACUUCACAAAACAAAAGGAAUAAAAAAAGGGAAAAUUAAAUUAAAAAAACCCUCAUCCUUUAAGUUUAAAAUUAAAUGAGUGUGAUAGUAGUAGUUGUAGUUUGAGGUGCAAUGGAGCUAAGCAAUUCGGCGGUCAAAACCCCCGAUGCUGAACCCGAAAAUCUGACCCGGUUCCAACCCGCCCCGCCUCCCUGCAAGCGCCUCCACCUCGGGCACCCCGUGGUGGUGGCGUACAAGGAGUGCCUGAAGAAUCACGCUGCCGGCGUCGGCGGCCACGCCGUCGACGGCUGCGGCGAGUUCAUGCCCUCCCCGCUCUCCAACCCCGCCGAUCCCGCCUCGCUAAAAUGCGCCGCCUGCGCCUGCCACCGCAAUUUCCACCGCCGCGAGGAGCCCCCGGCCUCCGCCGCCCUGCCGGCGCUCGAGUACCGCCCAAUCCACCGCCACCGCCCCUCCCCGCCGCGCCUGAGCAGCGCCAGCCCGGAUAAUUCGCCGUCGCCGCCGCCGAUCUCCUCCUCGUACUACCCAUCGGCGCCGGCGCACAUGCUGGCGCUCAGCGGUGGCGCUCUUGUCAGCGCCGCUUCGCCGCCGGCGAUGAGCUCCGGCGGCCGGAAGAGGUUCCGCACGAGGUUUACGCGGAAUCAGAAGGAGAAAAUGCUGGAAUUCGCGGAGCGAUUGGGGUGGAAAAUGCAGAAGAAGGAUGAAGAUUUGAUCGGCGAAUUCUGCGGCGAAGCUGGAUUGGAGAAGGGGGUUUUCAGAGUGUGGAUGCACAACAACAAGAACACUCUCGCUAAGAAAGAUGCCAAUAACGGCGGCGGAAUGAGUUGCGCCGCUGACAGCAAAGAGGUUUUAGAUAGUUGAGAAUAGAUAAAUCGGAUUUCGGUUGCAAUUUGUUAGUUUAAUUUCUAAUUCUGCUUAUUAAUUAGGAGUAGAUUCUUACCUUGCUUCACUAAUCUUUGUUUUGCUUAUCUAUUACCACUAUGAGUAGCAUUGAUCAAAUUUAUGGGGGAUUUAUGGUUUA